GCUGCAGCUCUUGCUCAGACAUUAAAUAAAGCCAAUAGUCUUUUGCUUCACACAUCAUCCCAGGAACUAUUGCCUGGUAUUCCAACUUCUGGUGAUAUGCAACCUGCUGUUUUAACCCAUAAUUUUGAUGUUUCCUUGUAUAGGGAGAAAGUUAAGGGUAUGGAUAAUUCUGAAAUAUGUCAUUUGAUAAAAAAUGUAUAUAAACCAGAUAAAAAGUAUCAUUUUCCUAAAUCUAAUGGCAGAUCAUUUAGGCAUGAUUGGCUAGACCAGCAUGAAUGGCUUUGCUAUUCACCUUCACAAAAUGGUACUCUGCAGCCUAUCGAGAUGAUCAUGGAUGCUGGUAUCAAGAAAGAAAUAGAACAGAAUAGGGAAAUACUAUCUCCAAUUAUUGAUUCUGUCAUUUUUUGUGGACGUCUAGGUUUACCUCUUCGUGGGCAUCGUGAUGAUUCCAAGUAUCACCCUACUGUUGGUUGUUAUUCAUCUGGAGGGGUUGGUAAUUUCAUUGAAACACUCAAUUAUGGAGUUAGGAGAGGGGAUAAAGUUUUAGAAAAUCAUUUAAAGAAUUGUGGUAAGAAUAGAAGUUAUAUUUCUAAAACAAGUCAAAAUAAAAUCAUUAAAUGUUGUGGCCAGGUAAUCAGUAAUCAGAUUAUUUCUGAUAUCAAAAAAAGUAAGUUUUUUUCUGUUAUUGCUGAUGAAGCAUCUGAUUCUUCACAUAAAGAACAAAUGUCUCUUGUUUUGCGCUUUGUUGAUACCGAUAUGAAUAUCAGGGAAGAAUUCAUUUCAUUUCUUUUGUAA